CCUAACACUAACUCCAUUCUAGUCUCAGUCGGCAACGCUCUUCCCAGUUUCGACAAUGGCUGAAAUUGAUAAUGCUUCGCAGAUUUGCGGCGGCGAUCGUCAAGCAGCUCAGGCCAUCUCCGACGUCGGCGACGGCGAUGUUCGUGAUGUUUGCGAGACUCUCCGGGGAUUUCCCUCUCACGCCGUCAAGGAUUUGUUGUCUCUCGGGGUAUGCCUCCGAUGCAUUUUGCGGUUACUUGGGAUUAGAGGGGAACUUUAUGAUAAUUGCACAUUAUCAUUAUCAUCUAUAUUGAGUUCGGUUUUCGGAGAUUUAACAGAUUCAGAGAAACAUACGAUAAAUGAUGCUUCUGUAGAAAAUGGAAAGUGUAGCGAGUCUCCUAAUUUGAAGGAACUAGAAGUCAAUGAAGCACUUUGUAGCCUUUGUUUGGGCAUCUUGCAGUUCUCUUACUGUGAUGAUAAGGCGUCUGUGGUGAGAAAGGACAGUGCUUAUGAUUUUGCUUCCUCAAUUGUGGAGCUGGUGAAGCAAGAAGGUCAUCAAAUUGAUGGAUUCUCUCUUGAAGUGUCCAUUCCACCAGUCAUCCAGGAAAACGAACAGUCUGUUUGCUUGUAUAUGAAAAAGAAAUAUGAAUCUGAGUCGUGGUUCCAAAGAAAGUCACUUUCUGAACGUGAUUCUGUGAAGGAUGCUUUAAAGACUUGUAUGACAAAAUCCCUUGAAAAAUUGUUGGAUUGCAAUUCCAAUAUGAGCACUUUCCGUAUACGAUUGACAUACACUCAAGCUGAAUCAUCAAAAAUGGUUCAGACUUUUGUAGAGAGAAAGCAGGGCUGUAAAAGAAGAAAAGCAGUUACAGGCACUGAUAAUGACUUGGAAACUGUUGAUGGUAUCAAAGUUGCUAAUUUUCCAAGUGAUGAAAUCGCUGCAGUCAUUGAAAGCUCUUUAGAGACUUGCCAAGAUAGUGGAUUAUCUGACCGGGUGAGUGAACCUUGCCAGUUGGUGUUCCAUUGCUGUAGAACGCAUAUCUACUUUGGUGGGAGAUACCUGAAGUAUUCCAGAAAUGUGAGUCAAACACGUUGGAUCAUUGAUGAUGAAAGAAUGGGAGAUGCGUCUGUCGAGGAGUUAAUUGGUAGCAACAUUCUUCCUGUGUGCAGAGGUGAUAGCUACAAGUUCCAUGCUGCUGGUAGAGAGGAUAUAGAUGUUCGGAUGUUGGGGUCAGGUCGGCCUUUCCUGGUUGAGAUACAAAAUGGACGCCAUCUCCCCUGUGAUGAGGAUGUGAAAAAUAUAGAGGAAAAGAUUAACAAUUUGGAAAAUAAAUUGGUUGGGGUGAGAAAUCUCAAAAUAAUGGGUAGUCAAGGAUGGACUCUGAUGCAUGAGGGUGAGGCAGAGAAGCAGAAGCAAUAUGCUGCAUUAGUGUGGAUUUCCCGCCCACUUAAGGAUGAAGACUUUCAGUCCAUAUCAUCAUAUAAGGAGAUGCGUGUGGUACAGAAAACCCCAAUAAGGGUGCUUCACCGCCGAAGUCCAUUGGAACGUGAAAAGAUUAUACAUUGGAUGAAAAUUGAGAAGAUCGUUGGAAGUUCUCAAUAUUUUCUUUUGCAUCUAUGCACACAGGCUGGAACAUAUAUCAAGGAAUUUGUACAUGGAGAUCUUGGGCGUACUUAUCCCAGCAUCGGCACAAUCCUGGGGUGUAGAGCGGAGAUACUACAACUGGAUGUUACAGAUGUGAAAAUGGACUGUUUCUAAAUGAACUAAGGACUUUCUUUAAAUGAACAAGAUCACUCCUUAUUCAAGUAUUUAUUCGUCUCCUAUUCAACUUCGGGAAAACUGUUUUGCUCUAGCGAUUUCUUCAUUUUUGCGCCCCGCUUGAACUCCGCAUUAAAGUUGGUAUGAAGAGAAAUUUCUCAAAACCGGAAAAAUAGAGAUAAAUUCCUCUUAAAAGUGUUUUUCAAUACAGGGUUAGAAUUUCUACUUUUCAG